CUUUGAAUACAUAUUUUCCUCCUCUUUCUUCUGAAUCUCUGAGAAACUCUCUUCGUCUUCUUCGAAAAACAAGUUUUGGGUUUUUUCUCUUUUCUUUUUAGAGAGGGAGAAUGGCGGAUACUGAGACGUUUGCUUUCCAGGCUGAGAUCAACCAGUUGUUGAGUUUGAUCAUCAAUACUUUCUACAGCAACAAGGAGAUCUUUCUCCGUGAGCUUAUCAGCAAUGCCUCUGAUGCUCUUGACAAGAUUCGAUUUGAGAGCUUGACCGACAAGAGCAAGCUAGAUGGUCAACCAGAGCUUUUCAUCCACAUCAUUCCUGACAAGGCCAACAAUACCCUGACCAUUAUUGACAGUGGUAUUGGCAUGACUAAAGCUGAUUUGGUCAACAACUUGGGUACCAUUGCUAGGUCUGGAACCAAAGAGUUCAUGGAAGCCCUUGCAGCUGGGGCUGAUGUGAGCAUGAUUGGUCAGUUUGGUGUUGGUUUCUACUCAGCAUACCUUGUUGCUGAGAAGGUUAUUGUCACAACAAAGCACAAUGAUGAUGAGCAGUAUGUGUGGGAGUCACAAGCUGGUGGGUCAUUCACUGUAACCAGAGACAACUCUGGUGAGGUUCUUGGUAGGGGUACCAAGAUUACUCUCUACCUUAAGGAAGACCAGCUUGAAUACCUUGAGGAGCGCCGCUUGAAGGAUUUGAUCAAGAAGCACUCUGAGUUUAUUAGCUACCCAAUUUCCCUUUGGAUUGAGAAGACCACUGAAAAGGAAAUUUCUGAUGAUGAGGAUGAGGAAGAGAAAAAGGAUGAGGAUGAGAAGAAGGAUGAGGAGGGUAAGGUUGAGGAGAUCGAUGAAGAGAAGGAGAAGGAAGAAAAAAAGAAGAAGAAGAUCAAGGAGGUGUCCCAUGAGUGGUCUUUGGUGAACAAACAAAAACCCAUCUGGAUGAGGAAGCCUGAGGAGAUUACAAAGGAUGAGUAUGCUGCUUUCUAUAAGAGCCUUACAAAUGACUGGGAAGAGCACUUGGCAGUGAAGCACUUCUCAGUUGAAGGUCAGCUUGAGUUCAAGGCUAUCCUCUUUGCACCAAAGAGGGCACCUUUUGAUCUUUUUGACACAAGGAAGAAGCCAAACAAUAUUAAGCUCUAUGUUCGUCGUGUAUUUAUCAUGGACAACUGUGAGGAGCUGAUCCCUGAAUACCUUGGAUUUGUUAAAGGUAUUGUUGAUUCUGAGGACCUUCCUCUCAACAUUUCAAGGGAGACCCUUCAGCAGAACAAGAUACUUAAGGUCAUUCGCAAGAAUUUGGUUAAGAAGUGCAUUGAGCUCUUCUUUGAGAUUGCUGAGAACAAGGAAGACUAUGCUAAGUUCUAUGAGGCUUUCUCUAAGAACCUCAAGCUUGGUAUCCACGAGGAUUCCACAAACAAAACAAAGCUUGCUGAGUUGCUCCGCUACCACUCCACCAAGAGCGGUGAUGAGAUGACCAGCUUGAAGGACUAUGUGACCAGGAUGAAGGAGGGCCAGAGUGACAUCUAUUACAUCACUGGUGAGAGCAAGAAGGCUGUUGAGAACUCUCCAUUCCUUGAGAAGCUGAAGAAGAAGGGGUAUGAGGUUCUGUACAUGGUUGAUGCUAUUGAUGAGUAUGCUGUUGGUCAGCUUAAGGAAUUCGAGGGCAAGAAGCUUGUUUCUGCUACCAAGGAAGGUUUGAAACUUGAUGAGAGUGAAGAUGAGAAGAAGCGACAGGAAGAGUUGAAGGAGAAGUUUGAGGGUCUCUGCAAGGUGAUCAAGGAUGUUUUGGGUGACAAGGUUGAGAAAGUUGUGGUUUCUGACCGUGUUGUUGAUUCUCCCUGCUGUUUAGUGACUGGUGAGUAUGGAUGGACUGCCAACAUGGAAAGAAUCAUGAAGGCACAGGCUUUGAGGGACAGCAGCAUGGCUGGCUACAUGUCAAGCAAGAAGACCAUGGAGAUCAACCCUGAGAACUCUAUCAUGGAGGAGCUCAGGAAGAGGGCUGAUGCUGACAAGAAUGACAAAUCAGUGAAGGACCUUGUUCUCCUGCUUUUUGAGACUGCCCUCCUCACCUCAGGCUUCAGCCUUGACGAACCCAACACCUUUGGCAACAGGAUUCACAGGAUGCUGAAACUCGGUUUGAGCAUUGAUGAGGAAGCAGGUGAUGCUGAUGCUGAGAUGCCUGCAUUGGAGGAAGCUGAUGCUGAUGCUGAGGGCAGCAAGAUGGAGGAAGUUGAUUAAAUUUAGCAAUUUAACAUAUUAGUUUCGGUGGUUAUGGUUUAUUUUAGUUAUAUAUUCUCUUUAGUUCCCUCCUCUUAUGGGAGGAUCUGAACAAUUUUUUGCUAUUGCUUUGAUGCGUCAUCUUUUGGAUAUAGCUCUUUUGAUCGUGUCAGGUAUUUAAGAUUGGUGGGGUUUUUUGUCUAGUUGAGUUUUAACUUUUAAUCAAGUUUGAUGUUUCAGAAUUA